AUGGCUUAUGGCUUGCCAAGAAAGAACACAGUGAAAACCAUUUUGAGGGGCAGUUGUUAUAAUGUACAGGAACCUUGGGAUCUUGCACUGCUUACAAAGACCUGGUACACAAACUUAGCCAACCUCAAGUUGCCUUUCUUGGAAGAAAUUACAUUUGGUAGUCCUAUAAAGCUCACAAAAUGUAAAACUGUUAAGGAUGGUCUGCUCCCUUCAGCAGAAUCCAUCAAAACUGAAAGGGAGUAUGAAGUGAAGCGCCUGACGAAGCUUAAAAGUCAAGAAAAAGCCUCUGAGGGAGUUCAGUUAUCCCUAAGGGGAAGGCCAGCUGGUUUCAGAAGGCCUUUUCCACCGAAGUCCCAAGCACCUCAGAAUGGAGUCUGUGCUGUUCCCUGCGUCAGAGGGGAUGGAGGUCCUGAGCCUUAUGCUGUUGCAAGUUCGGUGUCGUCCUAUGAGUACAUCGUGACCUGA